AUGCUUGGGUCUUAAGAUAGACAACACUUUCAUUCUGACAGUAACAACUGAUUAUAACCAUUACAGGAACCAUGCAGACCUAUGUACCGGUAGUUCUCAUUUUGAUGGCAGUGCUUGGUAAAGGCAGUAGCCAAGGGUUUAUUGCAACAGAUAACUGCACUGUUUGUGGGGACCCGCACUUCAUAACUUUUGAUGGAAAGAGGGGACCUAUUAACUUGGUUCCCGGUAAGUGGCAUGUUCUUGCAAAAGAUAACGUGAAUAACCCGCCUGGCUGGAUGGUUACAGCCCUCACAGAGUUUCAUAAGGGUGGACCAAGGACGAAACUUCUAACAGUGAGUUUCACUUGCAGAUUGGUUGAUGGAACUGACCACGUGGACUCGGUUGACAUGGCUUCAGUUUCACACCUCGGUCCAGUACAAUUAUUCGAUUGCCCUGUCCAGCAAGUUGACAUAACUAUUGGCCCUGGUCGCUGUGUGAAAAUAACCGUUGCUGAACCAAGGUGGAUCAAUGGAACAGCUGGACCAUGUGGUGACAACGACGGCAACAAAUUGAACGACUAGUCACUCCCUCCCGUGAAUGGAAAAUGUAAGGUGGACAGAAUCAAGAAUCAUGGACAGCCACAUCGGACUUCGGACAGAGAGAGCUUUAACGGAACUGGACAACGAUUAUACAACCACAGCGGGUACUAUGGCGGGACUGCAGCGCUUCUUUAUUUGACGUUUUCUCAUUCAUUUUGAGUUAUUCUACACAGAGCAGACUUUCGGCACAGUUGAUAAACGAUGAAGUUCAAGAAGUUCUUACCUUUUUCCAGUCUAAAUAUUUGACUUUGUGUAGAAGUAUUUAGCAGAAUUUUGUGUGUUAUUUGUCAUACAGGUUGAUGUUGCUUUGAGACAGUUUGUGAUGUGAGUACCGGUAUGUUGGUCCACAAUGUAGGCAAACAAUUUGGACGGAAUCAAAGAAAACGCCCACAAAAUUAAUUGGGAGGUUCAAUUACAAUUAUAUACAUAUAUCAUUUAAUUUCUUUUUUGUGCGCUUUUGCUUUAAAUAAACAUUUAAGGUUCAA